CUGCUGAGGUGACAGGCUGGAGUCAAUGUAGCCGAGGUUGAAGGGCCAAUAACCUUACAGGGGGGAAUUUGCUGGAAGCCAGCCGCUGUUUGCUGAUGAUAAUGAGACUUUCUAAAGCCCUGAUAGAUAUGGAUAUGGCUGACUACACUGAGGCUUUGGACCCGGCUUACACCACAUUGGAAUUUGAGAACAUGCAAGUGCUGGCCAUAGGGAAUGAUACUUCACCAUCAGAAGUGACCGGUCUCAAUGCUGCAAACAGUAUUGGUGUUAACCCUUUAUGUGCAAUCUGUGGUGACCGAGCGACUGGAAAACAUUACGGGGCUUCCAGUUGUGAUGGAUGCAAAGGAUUUUUCAGAAGAAGCGUCAGAAAGAACCACAUGUACUCAUGCAGGUUUAAUAGACAAUGUGUGGUCGAUAAGGACAAGAGGAACCAGUGUCGAUACUGCAGAUUAAAGAAAUGUUUUCGGGCUGGUAUGAAGAAAGAAGCUGUACAAAAUGAACGAGACCGGAUAAGCACACGGAGGUCAAGCUAUGAAGACAGCAGCCUGCCGUCCAUCAAUGUCUUAAUCCAAGCUGAGGUUUUAUCGCAGCAGAUAACGUCAUCAGUCUCCAUGUUGAAUACAGACAUCAGAGGGAAGAAGAUUGCCAGUAUCACAGACGUCUGCGAUUCCAUGAAACAACAGCUCUUGGUCCUUGUGGAAUGGGCCAAAUACAUCCCAGCGUUCUGUGAACUUCCCUUAGAUGAUCAGGUGGCGCUGUUACGUGCACAUGCAGGCGAGCACUUACUUCUCGGAGCUGCAAAGAGGUCAAUGAUUUACAAGGAUGUUUUACUUCUAGGUAAUGAUCGUGUGGUGCCAAGAAACUGCUCCGAACUUGAGGUGGGUCGAGUGGCUGUCAGAAUCCUUGACGAGUUAGUGCUUCCAUUCCAGGACCUCCAGAUUGACGAUAAUGAAUAUUCCUGCCUUAAAGCAAUAAUAUUCUUUGACCCUGAUGCCAAAGGAUUAAGCGACCCAACAAAAAUCAAGAGGAUGAGGUACCAGAUCCAGGUGAGCCUGGAAGAUUAUAUCAAUGAUCGGCAGUACGACUCUCGGGGAAGAUUUGGAGAACUGCUUCUUUUGUUGCCGACUCUGCAGAGCAUAACGUGGCAGAUGAUUGAGCAGAUCCAGUUCGUCAAACUCUUUGGAAUGGCCAAGAUUGAUAACUUGCUGCAGGAAAUGCUGUUAGGAGGUUCAGCAAAUGAAGCCUCCCACUCCCAUCACUCACUUCACCCCCAUCUUGUUCAGGAGCAUCUAGCGACGAACGUCAUUGUGGCCAACAACACCCUCCCUGCCCAACUCCACAAUGGACAGAUGUCAACCCCAGAGACCCCACAACCAUCCCCACCGGCAGGCUCAGGGGCCGAGCAGUAUAAAAUCGUUCACGGAGCAAUCACUGCCGUAUCCAAACAUCCGAUUUCCAUUCCACAACCCACCAUCACCAAGCAGGAAGCCAUGUAAUUUCCUAAACGUAAUAGGAAUGGCAACAGAAAUGAACUAAUAGACUGAAAGCCAAAAAGACUGCUCUGUCCACUGCCUGUAGAGACUGGAGACCAUGCCAUCAUGGCAGCCACAUAGCUCCUUCCCUCUGCCUAAAGAAAAUUAUAUUUUUGUAUAGUUUUAUGUUUUUGGAUUUUCCUCUUUGAACCUUAGCUUCUGGAAACUUUUAUACAUGGACAUAGUAGAUGCAGUAUAUUGUAUUAGUCUUGUGAUUUUUAUCUAUGAAGUUGAUAUGUUGCCAAUAUGCGGUGAAGGUGUCCAUUUUAGGGUUGAAUCUGCCAUUUUGUCUGUGAUGUCUGAGAGGUACUAACUUCCUCCUAAAACCACCUACUUUCCCAUAGAUGUUGCAUCAGUUAAACCUGUUGAGCUGUGGUUUACUUUGUUCCUUUAGAUACACUUGAAGUUUAUAUCCACUAAGGAACCCAAGAGUUAUAGAUGGUCUCCCGUUUUUCAUAAAUAGUGCCACUCUUGCUCACGGGCUACUUCUGGUGUUGAAGUUCACCCCUGUUCAGCUUCAAUACUAGACACAUAAACGCAAACCCUUUUGCGUAAUCUUGGUCAACUCAUGUAAAUGGGAGAAUUAUACAUUUUUAUAGACUGAGUUAUAAUUCAGUGAAUGGGGUUGAUCAGAUAUCUGACGCUUACUGUUCUUUAUUUGCCUUUACAUAUGUGUGUGGCAAAUUAUAUCUUAUUCAUUUUAACUUCAGCCAUUAUUUAUGCCUUAUACUGAGAAGCCGUCUUCCCAAAUCACCUUUUUAUUGAAAAACGCUGCUUUUAACAUUUUUUGUAGUACUUUUUUCAACCAAUAGGUGGCGAAGGCCUUGCACUGACUAAAAUUCCCUUUUUAGCACCACCACAGGCUGUUCCGAGUACUGCAGUCUAGAACAGCUUGUGGAUUCAUGACUUCUCCAUGAAUAUGGUAAUUUGAAUGGGUUAAACUUUAUGCAUACCUGCCAGACACCCACUGCCCAUGGUUUAUACUAUAAAACAAUUUCACUGCCAUAUCGUGAUAAGACAGAUUUAUAUAUGACGUAAAAAGCCGUGUUUUUAAUAGUUCAUCAUGUUCAGAAUUGAAAUAGUAAGGGGGGCAUCUGGCUGAGCAUCAUGGGAUAUGACGUUCAGCAGUCUGUGGGGUAUCCCGUAAGAUACAUGAGAUGCCCACAUCUCAAUAUUCUGGUCUACCAUUCCACAUGUAGAUAUGUUAUAUUCUCGGUAAUUUAUUCUACAAAUGGAUGCACUGUGUAAAUUAUUUGUGUACAUUUGACUGAUUGCUGGAAAUUAACAAUUUUCGAUAAGUCAUGAAUUAUUCUGGGUUUUAUAGGAACGUCUCUUCCAUUGUGUUAUAUCAGAGGUUUGUAUAUUGUGUGUCCUAUAAUUCCCGGUGAAGAAUUUCCUUUUUCUGCUCAUGGGUUGUACACGAUUAAAUAACAUGUUUUAU